ACACAUGGAUUAGGUCAUAGCGAUGGUUCCUUUGAUGUGGAAGUCACGUGUUUCCGGUCCAGUGGCGCUCCACAGCUGCAGCCGGACCCUCUUGGUCUCGGGGUGCUGUUCGACGGACGCAGACAUGUCGUCCGGUUACUCAGCGAAUCAGUUCGACAGCGCCUUCAGGUCGCAGAGGCUGCAGAACUGGUGUGUGACCAAGCCCUUCAAAGAGAGACCCACUGCAAAGCAUGGUCACACCACCUUCAUUGCCAAUGACAGAGGACACCUGCUCCCCAUGGUUAAGAGGGGCAGUGCAUGGCCAGAUUUUAAGGGAACGUGGGAUCUUCCAGCGCGUAUCCCAGCCUGCCACGUCAACCCUACAAGCCGCUCCGUGGAGGGUCUAGACAGGCUCAAGUCGUGGGGCUUCGACCCACAGCACACUGGAAAGUCUCAGCCACACAGCUACAGCAAAGAGUCCGAUAGGCUGCAGUUUCAGAUCACUGGGGAUGCUCAGCAGGACAGUGCUGGCGCGUCCUCCACUGCUGAGGCCCGUCUAGCAUCUCAGAUCCGACCGGUCACUGGAGGUGAGACGGCCGCCAGCCAAAACCAGGACUCGCAGGCAGCUGCGGUUGGAUCUGUCGCUCAGUCUGAUGAAGACAAACAAGCUUCUCCAGCUCUGGGGAAGGAGAGGCCAAUGAGCCAGUGCGCUGUGGCUGAGGAGAAGUCAGCUUCCAGGACUGCUGCUGAAGAGGGAACCACCAGCAGGCCCCAAACUGACAAGGGGAGACCAGCGAGCAACGUGUCAGCUGGCUCAGGAGCACCAUCAUCCUCCAAGUAGAAACACGGAGCUGCCCCGCAACACCGACUUAUUACAUCCUCUAGUGAAUGAAAACAAUACUCUCAAAAAUACAUUUGUUUUGAGUGUACCAGCUUCGGCUUAUGUCAUAGCAUUGCUGAUUGAACCGAAAUAGUUUCCAGCUCGUUAAAUAUCAAUAUAGGGUCAUUAAAUUAUUACAGAUAUUUGUAUCUCUUCCCUCCUCUUUCUCUGUGGGUCUGUUGUAGUUACUGUUGUUAUGAAUCAUCCCUUCACGAAGUCUUAAUGCUCUGUGAGCUGACAGUAACAAUAAGAAUUCCAGCAUCAUUAAACAUCGCAAAAUAAUAA